AGCGAAGGCAGUCGCAGAAAGACGUGCGCGCGCGCAACCCGCACGCGUCAACGGUGAGUGGUAACAGUGAAUACAGCAUCCACGCGGAUAAUUUGUGUUUACAAACGUGUUACGUGCGCGAAUCAAAAUGAAAUUUCAUAUAAAGGCAUUUGAUAUGGUGCCGGCGCGUUUCAAUGUCGCGAUCAUGAUGUUUUUUGCGACAUGGGUGAACUAUAUGAUGAGAGUAAACAUGAGUGUCAAUAUAAUUGCUAUGGUGCCAGAUGAGUCCAAUACUACAUCGGUGAAAACAGAAUGCGAGGCCAUUGCGACUGAUGACAAUUCAUUGUAUAACUCAACAGUGACUAUGGUGACGAAGCGUGUACUGCGGCAGCCUGACGGUGUAGUGACCUUUGACUGGACGGCGCAACAACAAGCUUAUGUCAUAUCUGGGUAUUUCUGGGGCUAUGCUGUCACAUGCUUAAUAGGUGGAACGGCUGCAGAAUUAUGGGGACCUAGAAAAAUUGUGUUCAUCACUAUGCUAAUCAGCGGGAUCCUAACCAUAUUCUCACCUCAGGCCGCUAAGCUUCAUUAUAUGGUUUUAGUUGGAGUCCGAUUAAUCAUUGGUCUUGCAUCUGGUAUAUUGUUUCCAGCGUUACAUGCUUUGGUAGCACAUUGGGCCACGCCAGUUGAAAAGGGAAAAUUCGUUAGCGCCCUCCUUGGAGGUGCUAUCGGGACCGUGGUCACGUGGUCUUUAACUGGGCCUCUUAUAGAGAAUCUAGGAUGGGAAUAUGCAUUCUAUGUACCAGGAGCGAUUGCGACAUUUUGGUGUUUUAUAUGGUGGUUUUUGGUAUAUGACUCACCGAUACAACAUCCUCGUAUAUCAGAUAGUGAGAAGAAGUACAUUUUGGACUCUAUUGGCGAUAAAGUUAGUCACAUUUCAAAAGAUAAAAAGAUUGUUCCCCCAUUCUGGAAAAUCUUCACUUCUUUUCCAUUUUUGGCUAUGGUGAUACUACACUAUGGUAGCAACUGGGGUCUCUACUUCGUGAUGACUGCGGCUCCGAAGUUCGUGUCCAGUGCUUUAGGAUUCAACCUAACCGCUACUGGAACUUUAUCGUCGCUACCUUAUCUGGCUAGAAUGAUAUUCUCAUUAAUAUUUGGAGCUAUUGGUGACCGACUUAUGAAACAGAACAGGGUAUCAACAACAUUCAUGAGAAAAUUCUUCUGCUUGUUCUCCCACAUCGUACCCGGUUUGCUUCUGAUUGGGCUCGGAUACACUGGCUGUGCUCCGAUUCUCUCAGUGGCUCUCAUAACUUUCUCCAUGGGAUCAAAUGGUGCAGCUACGUUAACUAACUUAGUGAAUCACCAAGACUUAGCGCCAAAUUUUGCUGGCACAUUGUACGGUAUUGCUAAUGGCAUUGGCAACACUGCUGGUUUUGUUACGCCUUUGGUUACGGCGCACUUCACAAAGAAUGGGAACGGUUUUGCGGAAUGGAGACCCGUGUUCAUGACAGGGGCCUCCCUCUAUAUUGGUGCAGCUGUAUACUUUAUUCUUUUCGGUACUGCAGAAACGCAGUCUUGGAAUUACAUAGCACCCGUAGAAGAGGAAGAAAAAAGACCAAGCAAUAACUCCAAUGACACGACUGUCACCAUACCUGUUAAGACGUAGUGUAUUUUGUGCCUCUAUAUUUAUUUUAAAAAAUCAUGUGAUUGUAUCAAAUGGUUUGUAAUGUAGACAAAUGAUUAUUAUAAAAAUACUAUGAAAGAACAUCAUAGUGUGCUGUUUAAAUAGAUUGCUAAUUUUCAAUAAUGUUAUUUCGGUUAUAUCAUUAUUCAUUUGUAGAAUUGGUAAGAAUUCUUUUCAUUGUUUUUGUUCUUAAAUUAGACAGAUUUGACAAAAUAUUGGGUGUUUUACCGCGUUCCAUAGGUAUACUUACAUAUAGAUUAAGCAAAAGUAGUAGUUAUAAGUUUUGUACUUAUAUUCGUAACUUAGAAGGACAAUUCAGCCUAACGUUAUUAGUAGAUUUAAAUUUUAAUAUACAUACUUGUAGUUGUCAUUGUACUUGUAGUAUACCAGUUUGAACCUAUAUAUGUUCUAUGCACAGACAAUGAGUAGGUACAAUAAAUAUAAACUGUGAAUAUAAAUGAUUGUUAUGAUUGAUAAUAUCGUAUAGGUAUAUUAAUGAAUCUACAAUAAAUUGUUAUGGAGUAAUAAUGUAUUUCUUGCGGAUUAUCACUUAUGCAGUGGAAAAAAAAGCGUUUUGGGAACAGGUUCUGAAUAAUUCCGUUCCAAUUAAAAAAAAUUGGUCAUUUGAGUUAGAUGCCAUAUUAUUUGCAUAUUGAGUUCUAUUUAUAUAGGUUCUUACUUGUAAAUACUUUACAACUUUAUAUAGACUAAAAUCAUAUUUCUUAGCAUAGACACAAUGUGAUGUCAAUUAAUUAAAAAAAUAUAUUUAUGAUUAAUGUUUUGAAGACUGUGAUGAAUUAUAAUU